AUGGCCCCUCAUCCUUAUGCAGUAAUGAACGCUCAACUAUACACCCAGCCACAACAAUAUUACAAUCAGAACAGAGCUCCAACUCCAAGAAACAACCCUCCUCACCAAGCCCCGUAUAAUCCCCGUCCACCACAAGAUAAUUACCAAUAUAACACCCAUCCCCGUGAACCACCCAGAAAAGCUGACUUCACACCCAUUGGUGAGUCGUACUCCAGCCUCUUCCCAAAAUUAGUCCAAAUGGGCCUGUUGCAGCCUGUACCUCCGAACAGACAGAACCCAGAAUCUCCGUCCUACAGGGCAGUUGAGAACCUGAUUGAACAGAAGAGGGUAGUGUUAAGGAAUGAGGAAGUCCCCAAUGUAACCAACAACCCAUUACCAGCCCACAACAACGGGCCGGUCAUCGGGAUGAUCUGUGAAGACAAAGAAUUCGACCCUGCAUUAAAAGCAAUUAUUGCCAUUGCUGAUUCAGAGAAGAAACCUAAAGCAUUGGCAAAACAAGUCAGGGAUGAGAAAAAGAUGAAUUCCACUCCCCAAAAUGAAGAAAAGGACGGGGAAGCAAAGACAGGGGCAGCACCUGCCAAAGAGGCCAUUCUCUACGUCCCAAGAGCCCCCAGAAAGGGACAGCUCAUGUUAAGCCCUCCCAAGAGAUUGGAGCAGAGGAAAACCAUGCCAAAUCUGCCAAAAAUGUAUGUACCAAAAGGGACUUACGUGGCACGGAGGCCAGUCAUUCCACCUAGGCUGGAUGAGCCUUUGAUCAUUAGCCACAUGCCACAAAAUCCCAUAAAAGACACUACUUUUGUCCCUUGGAACUACAAUCAGACAAUUGUCACAUAUAAAGGGAUGGAAGUUAAGGGGGAAGUGAAUGAAACAAACCAAUCUUGGAAGUAUCAUAACCCAAAAGAAUUGAACAAAACCAAGCAGAAGUGUUUCCCCCUCAGAAAGCCUGUAACUAUUGAAGAAGCGGAGGAAUUCUUUCGGAAGAUAAAAACCUCGGAGUAUGCUGUAAUUGAUGAACUGAGAAAGGCCCCCUCCCAUGUUUCACUUUUGUCUCUACUGAUAAGCUCAAACGAACACCAAAAGGUGCUUCUAAAGACGCUGAAUGAGGCGUAUGUUCCAAUUGAGACCAUGGUUGAACAAUUAGAAAGAAUGGCAGAGCGAUUGUUUGAGGUCAACCAAAUCUCCUUCAGCCGAAAUGACUUGCCUCCCGAAGGAGCCGCCCACAACAAGGCCCUUCACUUGACUGUCAAGUGUGAGGGAUAUUAUGUGAAAAGGGUCAUGUUGGACGGCGGGUCCAGAGUCAAUAUUUUCCCUCUAUCAACAUUGCAGAGGAUGGAAAUUGGGACUGAAAGGAUCAGACUAAACAAUGUUUGCGUGCGUGCUUUCGACGGUGUAAAGAGGGACACGAUAGAGGGAGAUUGA